AUGGCUUUAUCAAUUCCCCGCUUUUCGAAUCCACAUCUCCUAGUAUCAUCAACGAAGAGCAUUGCACGCAAAGACCUUGACCUUGACUCAGAUGUCGACAGUAGCGAAGAAUCUGAUAACGCCCUGGUUACGUCUCUGAAUGAAAGGAUACGGAAAAUGAUGGAUAUCGAAAACGAUGCCACAAGUAGGAAACGAAGAAAAACCUCAAAUUCGGUCGAAGAGAAAGGGAAUGAACCACUGCUAUUUAGGUUGUGGUCGACGUCCAGCCAGCCGCAACACGUCGAGUUAUACCCAGAACAGAGUACGCAAACGUUCAUAAAUCCUCCUCGACAACAUGAAGACUCUGAGCGGCAAAGUAGCCAAAGAUGGAAACGGGCUGAAGCUAUCGCGGUAGACGUUAGUUGGAUACACGCAGAAUCCAGGAAACCAGUCAUGCCUUUCCCUUCGAGAACCAAGAAACACAUUCAUGCAAAAGCUCCGUCUCUCACGUAUGCACCUUGUUUGAUGGUAGCCCAAGUCUUGCAACCCGCCCGGAAAACACAUCCUCCAGUGCCUUCUUCUGCUUUGAUAUAUCACCCAUACGCUGCGAAUGCACCACUACCUCCCAGCCAGAGCGAUCGGGGAUUCGUCGAUAUAGAACUGUCACCGGAGAAUCUUGUGAUAAGAACGAAGCGAACUCGUCAUAGUCGAAAUCGCCGUCCUAUCGUGUAA